AAAAUAAAAAUAAAAAAAGAAAGAAAAGAAAAUAAAAAUCUCGAAAAAAAAAACAAAAUGAAAAAUUUACUGAUAAUUAUUCUCGCCUCUCUGAUGGCGAUGCGGAAGUUCCACCCCGCCACCGCCAGCCAGACAAUUUACAAUGACGAUUUGCGCAUUGUUGAGGCAGCAGAAAACUUGAUGCAGGCAAUGAUCGAUGAAAGCGAAACACUGAUACGCAACGCUUUGGAAGAGGUACCCGCCGACGAGCGCUACAAUGAACAUCGUGAAAAUUUGCGAAAAUUUCUACACGAAACCGAGGAGUACAAAUCGCAGGAGGGUGAUUGUCAAUCGAAACGUUUGAAAUAUAAUCAAAAUACCAGUGCCCUGAUGCGACCCUAUUUGGAGGCUGGGGCGAAUGCCUCCAGGGAAAUGCAUGCCAUGCAAAGACUCCUGAAUCGUCAUGGUCUGCAAGAUUUGAGAACGAAAUUCAAAGAAUCUUUGGGUAAAGUUUAUGGCGGAGAUUAUGGUACGCCAUCGAAAGAUAUCGAAAAGGUCUAUGCGGAAUAUGUGAUCAGUCGAUGCCACAAGAAUCGGGGCAAAAAGGAACUGUAAAAAGUGCUUUGGAAGGAGCAAUUAAAUGAACUUCAAUGUGGAGAUUUCCAUUGCGGGAAGCAGAUUUCGGAUUUAAGUAAAUACCAGAAGGCCAUAUAUGAAUAUUUUCAAGGCC